CCGCGGCUUCCGCGAGCCCAGGCCGCCCCAGCGUCCGGAGCGCCGGCCUUUGGGCCCCCGCGCCAUGGCGGGGCCGGGCCCCGGGGACCCGGACGAGCAGUACGACUUCCUGUUCAAGCUGGUGCUGGUGGGCGACGCGAGCGUGGGCAAGACGUGCGUGGUGCAGCGCUUCAAGACCGGCGCCUUCUCGGAGCGCCAGGGCAGCACCAUCGGCGUGGACUUCACCAUGAAGACGCUGGAGAUCCAGGGCCAGCGGGUCAAGCUGCAGAUCUGGGACACGGCUGGCCAGGAGCGCUUCCGCACCAUCACGCAGAGCUACUACCGCAGCGCCAACGGGGCCAUCCUGGCAUACGACAUCACCAAGAGGAGCUCCUUCCUAUCGGUGCCGCACUGGAUCGAGGACGUGCGCAAGUACGCGGGCUCCAGCAUCGUGCAGCUGCUCAUCGGGAACAAGUCGGACCUUGGGGAGCUGCGGGAGGUGCCACUGGCCGAGGCGCAGGGCCUGGCGGAGCACUAUGACAUCCUGUGUGCCAUCGAGACGUCGGCCAAGGACUCGAGCAACGUGGAGGAGGCCUUCGUGAGGGUGGCCACCGAGCUGGUUGUGCGGCAUGGUGGCCCGCGGCUCAGCGAGAAGGGCGCCGACCACAUCCAGCUGGACAGCAAGGAUGUCGCAGAGAGCUGGGGCUGCGGCUGCUGACGGGCACCCACAGGGGAAGCCGGAUCACCGUCCGGAGGCCGCGCCACCGUCCGCAACGGCAGCGCCGGCCUCCGCGAGGGAAGCGGCAGGAGGGGCCUGGUGGCCUGAGCCGGGGCUGUGGCCCUGGGGGGGCCUGGGAGCAUCCCCCCAGCCCUACGUUUCCUGGUUUGGCCCGUCUCACCCCCGAGGCUGCUGCGGGCUGUGGCUUCCAGGUGCCCGGCUGGGGCCCCGGGUCCCCCCAGGGCGUCCUGUGCAGCCACCGGCCCCCUUCCUUCCGUCACUGCCAGCCCUCACCCAGCCCUGGCCGGCUCCUCCUCAGCAGGCCCUGCCUCUCCCGUUUGCCCCGGGCCCAGCAGGGGCCGUCACCCGCAGAGCUCGGCCCUGGUCUGGGGGCCAGAGUUUCUCCACUCAGGUUGCCAAAGCAGUGACUCAUUUAGCCCUGGUUCUCAGCAGGCUGGGGGGAGCAGACGUGAGAUGGGGGGAUGGAUGUUUCAGGGACUAGUGGAGGCCACCCCGUCUCACCCUCCGUGCAGAGAUGCUUGCUGCCACGGUCAGAGCACCAGUGCCCCCCGGCCCUGCCAGUCUAGCUUAGACAAAGGGCGCAGGCCUGGCCGUCCAGGGUCUGGGCCCACCUCCCUUGUGGCCUUCAGCUGGGGCUGAGGUCAGAGCGACAGCAGGGACCCUGGUCCCUGGGGCCCUUGGAAGGAGCACUGUCCCCUGGGCUGGGGGGGCAAGUGGUCUCCCCUGGUGACCCCCAGCCCCUCCCCAUUCAGCCCCUCCCCUCUCCCACCUGCCAAGCAUGUCCUCUCUGCAGCCAGGCUGCCGGCUCUGGUCCCGGAGGAAAGGAUACUGGCCUGGUUGGGCCGGGAGCUGCUGGGCAGGGGUCUGCCCUAGGGGGUCAGCCUACUGUCGGCUGGGUGGGCUGGGAACUGGGAGCGAGAAGGCUGCCCGCUUCCCUCCUCUGUCCUGCUGAUGGGAGGGGCCCUGGCCCCUCGGCCUGCACAGCAGAAAGCACCUGCGCUGAGGUCUCAGAAGGGCCCCUCGAGCCAAGGGCAGAGGUCCUCCAACCCCAGGACCCCUCUGCUCAGGCCCAAUGUUAGGGCAGACCCAGGUGUUCGGUCCAGGCCCAGGUCUGCCCUGCAGAGGGAGGCUGCUCUGCUCCGGGGGCAGGCAGGGCACCCCAGUUCCAGGGAGCACAGGUGCUGAGCCCGGGCCCAGGGCUGCCUCUCAGGCCUCAGGGAGGAAGGGGGCCUGGGCUGCAGGGACCGUCCAGGGGGACAGCUGUCCGGCUCCGGGGGCUCCUCUGCCACUGCGGGCCGUGCCCGCUGUAGCCUGGAACUCGGGGUCACCUUGGGCUCCCCGCUUUCUCUCCCUGCCCCACUGCCAUGUCCCUGCUGCCCCCUCGGCCCAGAGUGGCCCCACCCCCUCCCCUGGACUCCUCCCUGAGCUCUUAGGCCUGAGCUUCCACGCUGCAGGCGGACACCCCCCGCUGAUGUCAGGGGGCUGUGAAAGGUCCCUCCCCCACCCGACACCUUCUGGCGCCCGGUGCACUGGGACAUGGUCCACCCUCACGGUGUCCACCCCCACACGGCUCUGCCCCGGGAGCAGCCCCUGCCCUCCCCGCUCCCCAACCCUCCCCUCAAGUCCGUGUCAUUCACAGCCCACUGUGAGAACCACCUCCUGCGGGGUUCCGGGUCCUCAGUCUCAAACGCCCAUGCCAGUGCUCUGGGCGCGGCCUGGGGGUGCCCGCCAGGCGGUGCCCUCACCACCUUUGGGCCCUGGGCCUCUAUCAGACGGCCCUGGACUCGGUGAGAGUUAAUGGGGACGGAUGUGGCACAGCCCGCCUCUUCCCAACUAUGCAAUCUCUUCCUUUGUUUAUAAAUUACCCAAGAUCAGGAGCAGGUGGGGUCCCGCCCCCCCAUCCCCAGGGGCUGCAGGAGAGGAAGUGGGCCAGAGGGCCGGCAAGUGUCCCAGCUGCCAGCCACCCCCGCGGAGGAGGCGGUCAGUGGUCUGGGCUCAAGGAGGACCAGGGGACAGUGGGGUUUAUAUUUCACAGGAGGAGGGCGGGCGGGCCAGGGACCCCCAAGCCAGAGCGGUGGGUCCCUGUCCCAGAAGCAGGGCGGGACUGACCCCAAGGACACAGGCCCCAGCUGGCUCGGAGCUGGAGGAAGCUCCUAAUUCAUAUUGAACUCAGUUACU